CUGAAGUGCCCUAACAGCCUGGUUUGUUGGGGUAAGUUGAAGCUAUGUUCUGCAGUAAAUUCUUCCCCCAGGAGAAGGACUGGACACCCCUGGAUUAGUGAGACAUGCCAAAUGUACAGUGUUGGGGGUACUCUAGGGUUGCUGAAACACUGUUAAUCAUAAAUUUAAAUCAUGCAAUAAAAGAUGACAUUCCUGAUCAAUACUAUUCACAAUGUACAAGUGCAGCUGCCUCACAUAUAGCCAAGCCAACCCUUAUAUAUCCAAGCUGAGGAAACAGGGCGGGCCUCAUGUCAUUCUUGUAUGGACCCCGAUGGUAUUCCCUCUUGACAGGUGUUUCUGCACAGGUGUGUUUUUGUGUAUUCUGUGUACCUGUGUUUGUGCAGGUGUGCCACUACUCUGGGGAUAUGCAACGGGAUAACAGGAUAAUAUCCUCAAGGGAGACUGUUUGUCAUAGCUGAUGUAUUGCCACAAAAUUUGAGAUGAUCUACAAAUUGCCCUUAUGACUGAAUCUGGUCAAAUUAUCUUUACUAAACGGAACUUAUUAACAAUAAAGAAAGUGUUGAAUAAGGGGAGCCAACCUUCCUCCUGGAGGGCUAUACCUUCCUGCAGACUUCAGUUCCUACCCUUCUGCAGCACACCUUCCUGUCAUUUUCAAGUAAUCCUGAACACGUAAUCCUGAUUUGCUUGUUCAGGUGUAUUUGAUUAGGGUUGGAGCUGAACAUUGCAGGACAGCGACCCUCCAAAAGCAGGAUUGGUAACCAUGCAAGGAUCUUUCUAACAAUAAAUCUGAAAUAAAAUUAAAAAACACUUAUCAUUAAUGUCAAGAGGCAUGGCGAAUGUUAAUAUGUUCAGUUAACAUUAUCGUUUGUCUUUUUCGCUUAUUCCAGAAUUUCAUUUGUUGGUUUCAGUUCCUCAGACUUCAUGGAAAGUCAGCUACGCUACGACACAAGUCUCAGCUACAUCCUCAGAAACAACCUGCCAUCCUCUAACCUGACAACCGAUUCAGUCAACACGACACACACCGCCAGUGUGUUUGAGGGGUGCGAACAAAUGGUGAGUGGUAUCAUUUUUGACCUAGCUAUACAAUGCUUCAACGUGGUCAUUGGAAUACCUGCCAACAUCCUGGUCCUCGCAAACCUAAUAAACACCCGGAAUGAACCUUUGACUUCCGACAUCUUCCUGGGCUGCCUCGCUUUCAUGGAUGCCUACUUUGGAUUCAUGACAAUCAUAUCAUCCCUCAAUCUCUUCCACUGGAGGAGCGCUAUGGCUUGGAUGGCUCUGAAGUUCUCAUACGGCGUGAAGGACACCAGUGGGCCGCUCUUCCUCUCCUGCGUCUGUCUGGAUCGCUUUAUAGCUGUUGUCUUUCCCAUUGCAUUCGGACAACUGAAGGACAUCAAAUACAGGAUCAGCCUGACCAUCGUGGUUCUUCUGCUCACUUUUGCUUAUGCUUCAGCCAAAACCAUUGGUGGCAUCCACAACUUUGAGAAAGUUUUCACUGGUGAGGUCUUGUUUGCUUUCACCUGGAUGGUGGUGUGUAACGUGGCCAUCCUCUGGGCCCUGAAACGCUCACGAGGUUCUGGUAAAGAUGAGAUGAAUCCUAUGAAAAGAAAGGCCUUUAAGAUGGUGCUGUCUAUCUUGAUCAUAAUCAUAAGCAACUAUCUCCCUCCAGUGGCUCUGUUCCCCUUUGAAGACCAUUAUCCCCAAAAGGUCUUCACUUGCUAUGUGCAGCCAGUAUGUUAUGCCUUUGUAAACAUCAGCAGCACUGUCCAGCCUUUAACUUACUUAUCCCGCUUAGAGAAAGUACCAUUCUUGCCUGAAUCUUGUGUGGAGAAGUUAAGCUGCAAGGAAAAAGACAAGCCCUCAAAUGAAUGACAUCUCCCUGGAACAGCAUCUGAAAUAUGUUUUUAAAAUUAUUUAACAAACUAAUGUAGUAGUAACUGAAUUUUCAUAGUUAGCAAUAUAUUGUACUGGAGGUUUUAGGCUCUCUUUUAGUUAUGUCUGAUGAACUGUAACACUGAAUUCAUUUUC